AUGUUUUCUUCUAAUUUGAUUAGUUUCAUUCUUAAUGAUUCUGAUUCAGAUGAUGAUAUGGAGAUUACAAUAUCUACCAUUGGAGAGUUGCUCAACAAAAAAAGAAAAAUAUCACGACAUGGAGGUUCAGUUUUUGGUCAUACUGUUAUUUUGCGUAACCGAGUUCAUGGACACAAUAAGCUUUUUCAUGACUAUUUUGGAGAUAAUCCUGUAUAUUCUCCAAAUUUAUUUAGAAGGAGAUUUCGAAUGAGUCGACCUCUAUUUCUGCGUAUUCAAUCUGCUAUAGAAGCUCAUGAUCCAUAUUUUAUUCAAAAAAGAGAUGCAACUGGACAUUUAGGUUUGUCUUCUCUUCAAAAGAUCACUGCUGCGUUGCGAAUGCUUGCUUAUGGAGUUACAGCAGACUAUGUUGAUGAAUACGUAAGAAUUGGUGAGAGUACUGCCAUUGAAAGUCUAAAAAAAUUUGUUAAAGCAAUAAUUUCAAUUUUUUCAGAGAAGUACAUGAGGUCUCCAAAUAAAAUGGAUACUGAUAGAUUGUUAAAAGAUAAUGAAAGUCGUGGAUUUCCUGGGAUGUUAGGAAGUAUUGACUGUAUGCAUUGGAAAUGGAAAAAUUGUCCAGUUGCAUGGAAAGGAAUGUAUGUUGGCCAUGUUCGAGAGCCAACUAUAAUUCUUGAAGCUAUAGCUUCACAUGAUCUUUGGAUAUGGCAUGCAUUCUUUGGACUACCAGGGUCACAUAAUGAUAUAAAUGUGUUAGAUCGAUCUUUUGUAUUUUCAGAACUUGUUGAAGGACGAUCCCCUCCAGCUAACUAUUCAGUCAAUGGCCACGAUUAUUCAAUGGGGUACUAUCUUGCUGAUGGCAUUUAUCCUUCAUGGUCAACAUUUGUGAAAACAAUUCCAUUUCCACAAAGUCAUAAGCAUAGACAAUUUGCUGCAGCUCACGAGUCAACAAGAAAAGAUGUCGAACGAGCAUUUGGAGUAUUGCAAUCAAGGUUUGCCAUUGUGCGUGGACCAGCACGUUUUUGGCAUCGUGAAACUCUAAAAGAUAUUAUGAAAGCUUGCAUUACAUUACAUAAUAUGAUUAUUGAAGAUGAGAGACAUAUUCAAAACUUAGAUUAUAAUUACGACACAUUUGAUGCAAUUCCAGAUAUUUCAAUUUCACAUGACCAUACAGCAGAGAUGUCAGAGUUCAUUCAAUGCCAUCAACGCGUUAGGGAUAGAGAUAUUCAUUCUCAACUACAACAAGAUCUAAUCGAACAUAUAUGGGAAAUACAUGGACAAACUAGUUAUUAUUUUGUUUAUAAUUAUUAUGAAGAGAUUCUGGAACUUUUUGAAUCACAGUCUGAAUACACAAACAAGCUCUUGUUGGCAGUACAGCAGAGAGGAACUACAUUGGAUCAUCUUCACAUGCACAACAAUGUGUAUUCAAUGCAACAUGAAUCAGUUGGGAUUCAACUUUAA